AUGAAGUUGGGAUACUUUAUUAUCUACUUGGUCACCACAUCAUCAUCAUUUGCGUAUGCUUCAGAGUAUUCUAAACGGUUGAGUGCAAAGAUAUCAUCAGUCAUUUCACCAAAAUUCUACACUGGCAAAAACGGAAACAGUGAUGAAGUUGACAACAAGAGUGGUUAUGGUUCUGGUUCCGUGUUUGAUCAUUAUGUUUAUGGACAAACACCUGAUUUCCACGUCCAGCAACAACAACAACAAAGCCCCCACAAUCAAGCUCAUCCUCAUUUGACUCAUGCAAAUGUAGUUCCACAAUCCAAGCAAUACGAACUCCCACCAUCACCCAUGAUUUACCCGGUAAAAUUGCCAUUCCCACAAUGGCUAACUGACUUCACUGGAUUACAUGAAUGGCCCGGUUUGGAUCCACCAUAUAUCCCCUUGGAUUUCAUUGAUUUCAACAAGAUUGUCCCUGUCCCCAAGCAUCCACAAGCCAGUUGUUCCUCAUUACAACUCCGAUCCCCAGCAUCUUGUUCAUUUGAUUGUUUUAAUUGUGUUGAAUUUGAUGAUGUGUACACAUGUCCCAAAUUAUCACAAACAUUUGAUGAUGGACCUAGCCCUUAUACUUCUAAACUUCUUGAUGCUUUGAGUGAAUCACAAACGCAAACGACUUUCUUCACAUUGGGAGUCAAUAUCGUUCGGUUCCCCGAGAUAUAUCAAUCUGCAUGCUUAGCAGGUCACAUAAUGGGAUCACAUACGUGGUCACACAAGUUCCUACCCAGUUUAACUAACGAAGAGAUUAUCGCUCAAGUGGAAUGGCUGAUUUGGAGCAUGAAUGCUACGGGGUUCCAUCUACCCAAAUGGUUUCGACCACCUUAUGGUGGGAUUGAUAAUCGAAUCAGAUCGAUAUUGAGACAGUUUGGCAUGCAGCUGGUGUUGUGGGAUUUCGAUACUUUUGAUUGGAAAAUGCUUGAUCAUUCUAAUAUGAGGAAUGAACAAGAUGUGUAUAAUGAUGUGAAAAAGUUUAAAGAGGAGAGAAAAGGGGGAGGAAAUGCUGGCAAAGGUACUUUUGGUAGCGGUGGUGGUUUGAUUUUGGAACAUGAUGCUAUUCAACGUACUGUUGAUGUUGGUAUUGAAAUUUUGAAUAAUGUGGUUGGUGGUGGUAAAGAUCACCAAUUGACGGUACCGAAAUGUGUUGGUGGUAUUGAUUAUAUAAAGUCGUUUCCCAAAGAAUAG